AAAUAAUAAUAAUAAUAAUCAUAAUAAUGAUAAUAAUUAGUGAGUGUGCAUAGAGAGAGGACAAGAAUGCGCGAUUCAUCCUUUCCGUUGAUGCGCUAAAGCUGCGCUUAUCGCAGAACGGACCCUCUCCAAGUAGGACGCCACUUGUCAUUGCUUGUUAUUCGUCACCUUUCAUGGAAAGUUAUCAACCCGGAUAUCGGACAGUGUCAAACGUGGUGCAAUCGCGCGUACUCGUGAUCGAGGCGUAACAGUAGUAAUGGCCGCGACUUGACUCUCCUAGACAGAAGGCACGCGUGUCUGUCAUGCUACGGGAGGACUAGACCAGCGUAAGGAAGGAACAGAACCUGGGUGGUCUGGAGAAAAAGAGAAAGACAGAAAACGAAACGCGAUUAUCGUCGCUCUCGUCAUCGAGGUCCUCGAUCGCUCUUUCCCCUCGAAGAAGCUGCAAUAAUCGCUCUGGGUGCAGCAGAGAGGCAAAUUAACCGCCGUGUAAUAUUUCGAGGGUCUCGUGUCGCCUGUCGGGGUGGGCGAGGCGUUCUCCGGUCCACGGCGAGGAUCGCUCGCGGCGCGUGUGAGGGUGCACGUGUAUGCGCGCGCGCGCGCACUGGACGCGCGCGUGUGAGUGAGCGCGUGUGUGUCGCGCGACGCGCGCGCUUGUGUGUGUCGCACUCUCGUAGCAGCGAGCGAGGAGCGGUGGUGCGUCGAUCGCGCGAUCGGCAGCGAUGAGCGACGACAGGAGCGAGGAUGAUCCGAUAAUGGACCUCUGGUACAGCAACUGGGAGCAGCAGUGCGUCGAGGCGCUCGAGUCCGAGCCCGACUACGAGAAUCAGCUGCACAACGAGAAGGAGCUCUACUCGCAGCAGAUGUGGACCAAGUUCCAAACCACCGCGUCGGCCAUCGCCCAAUUGUACAAAGACCGCACGCUGGGCGUCUCGUUAUGGGUGCCCUUUCAGACCGCCGCUGGUACUGUAACAUCGUUGUACAAAGAUUCGGUGGAUUGCAUGAGGCGAUGCAGUGAUUUAGGAGUAGAAAUGGGAAGACAGAAACAUUGUAAAGAAAUAAUGAAUUGGGCUAGAAAAAAAAGACGUAUGAUUCGCAGGGAAGAUCUUCUUGCGUAUUUCUGGAAGAUCGAUCUUCUUGCGUAUCUUUCUGGAAAGCCACCACCACCACCUCGGCCACAUUCGCACAGAAGUUCACCUAAACCUCGUAUGAUGGUAUGUGGUUCUCCAUCAUCGCAAAGUCAAAUGCCAAGUAUGGUUAUUGCUCCAGCACCAACAGCAGGCAGUGAUCCAGACCCUGAGUUACACACAUUUAGGGAAGCCAUUGCAUUAUCUGGUUCUCCAGUGUCUCGACGUAGCGGAAAACAAGCCGAAUUGUCAACUUUUAUUAAUAACGAAUUAGCUCGGCAUAAACGACCCGCUUCACAUGACGUGGAUAUGGGAUCACCCACGCACAAACGUACGCGUACUACACUGUAACGGCGCGCGAUGCGUAUGGUAGCUUUACUCCCUCGCUCCCUGUUGAUUAAUCGACCCGACUAAUGACUAAUAACUCCUCUACAUAACUCCCGGUUAUAUGUUAAUCACUGGAGGAAACCGGUAGUGGUUCACACUGCCAGGUAAGUACGUUGUAUGUAUCUCCGAUAGCUUCUGCUGCCGAUCUCGAUAUUUAUCAUGUUCAAAGUCUCUUAAAAAGUUAUACUUGUACAGUUAGUUCUGACCGACGCAUAUAAUUUAAAAUAAUUUACAUUUAGAAUCACACAGAAUAUGUAUGUAUAUGUAUAUAUAUAUUUGUGAGAUGUUUAUUUUGGCAAUAUAUUUGCAAAAUAAUAGUUUACACACACAA